AUGUCAAUACCUUUGCAGCUCGAUACGGCUUCAAAUGUUCCUUUUAAAAAUGAUGAAGGAAAAAAUGACGACGAUAAUUCUUGCCAGCUACUAGAUGAGUUUGGUGCGCUAGUACAGCUUUUCUUGGCUUGCUCCAUAUUGCUCUCAUUAAUGUACAAAAGAUCAAAAGAAUCACCGAGAAGACCGUGGCAGAUAUGGUUUCUGGAUGUGAGUAAGCAAUUUAUUGGAGCAGGUAUGAUCCAUUUCAUAAAUAUUGGACUAAGCUAUUUUACAGCUUUCCGGCAUCAUGGAUCUCCCAUAGCAACAAAUCCUUGCGUCUGGUAUUUUAUGAAUGUAGCAGCUGAUACAACAGUCGGUAUAUUCGUUCUAUGGUGCUGGCUUACACUAUUGCUGGGUACGUUGAGAAAACUCCAUGUCAACAUAACUGAAACAGGAGAUUAUGGACCGCCUCCUCUUUCGCGCAGAAUGAAACCAUGGCUUGAACAGCUUGCUAUCUUUAUAGUAGCUCUCAUUUUGGCGAAGGCAUGUCUGUAUGAAAUCUUAAUUUCUUGUGAAUGGUUUAUAUGGAUCGGUGAAGUAUGCAUAAGUUGGACGUUAAUUGAUCAGAAGCUUCAAGUUAUUUUCGUCAUGUUGAUCUUUCCGUUCUUUAUGAACACAGUUCAAUUUUGGUUGACAGAUACAAUGCUGGAAUCUAAAAUUGCUUUUCCGAUGGACGAUGUACCUAUUUAA